AAAGCUUUCACCGAUUCUUCUAGAAGCUACUCGACAUUUUCUUCGCGAUAGUGCGAUACACAUUCACUCCCACCGCAAACGCAGUUUAGUAUCGCAACCGACUACCAGUCGUCAGUACGCUUCGAUUGAGUGCAAAACUGUCCAUGCUGAGUUGUCGUCACUUUGUCUGAUCCCUGUCGGUAUUCGUUCGUGAUUGGAUUGUUUGGAGUUGAACCAGUUGAGCGCUAUGUCCUGGGAAAGUCUACCGUUGGAGCUGUACGAACAUAUCUUCAAAAAUCUUAGCUUUUGGGACCGAAAACCAUUGUCGUUGGUGUGUCGUCGGUGGAAUCAGGUCGUCUUUUCACGCUCGCUAUGUCGCCAACUGUGCAUCGAAUUAAGUCGCGGCGACUGGGGACCCAGUGGAGGCAAGGAACAGGUGGUCCUGGUAGAUGAGGCGGUGGUAAAAGAGAGUGACCGUGACUAUCGUGUGGCAUAUGUGAAGUGGUGUACGGAUUCGGGACCGGAAGUGUUGCGUUCAAUAAGUCGGUUACUGAGAAAACUUGAAGGAAAAUGCUUACUGGAGGGACUUAUUAUCGAUGCACCCCUCGGGCAAAUGAUGUCCGAUUUUUUGCAUACGCAUGGAGAGCUGCUAACGCGCAUUCGAAAACUUCAAGUCUCAACUGAAACGAUAGAUAACAGACUUUUGAUGGAACGAUGUGUAUUGAAAAUGGGUCAAUUAGAAACGCUAUUCUGGAGGGAGGUUUCAUCGCACGAUUUUCUGCAGAACGAAAGUCCGUUGAUAGUAAUAGAAGCACCCAAACUACAUUCUGCGGUCGUGAAAUUCGGUGACUCUGAUUCAGGAAGAGGGGCCGUUUGGCACAGCAGCGUUAUGGAACUGCGUGAUAGUGCAUGUUUGAAAGCCCUGAAAGUUCACCUCCAUCAAAGAAUGUGGAAUCGUUUUUUCGAACAGAAGUUGGAAACCUUGGAGCAUCUGACGAUUGCUCAUAAGACGCAGGAUCUUGGAUCUCGAGACUGGAGCGCUAUGUUUCGCAAUAUGCCAAAUUUGAAGUCAAUUCAAAUGUGGGAAGCUAAUGAUGCUAUUUUGGAGGCAAUAAAUCUACAUUGUCGAAAGCUACGCGUACUUUUACUAGAGAAUGCAGACAUAAUAGGAUUCCUAUUAGAAGACAGACAAUUUCCUUUACUCGAGCACCUCCGAUUGGAAACAGCCAAAAUUCAAUCCAAUAAGACUCUCCAACUACCCAUCCUGAAGCAUCUCGAGUGGUUUAAUGUUGUGAAUCAGAAUAACCAGACAUUGACUUUGGCCGCACCAAUGCUACGAACUAUUCGACAGUCGAGAAACGGCGCUUCUGAUUUUACACUGAGCUGUAAACCACCAUUAGAAAAGCUUCAACUUGAUCUUUACGCAUCGGAUAUCCCGGGACACUUUUUCCAACCAUUCCCGAACAUGCAAGAACUCAGCAUUCGCGUUAGCUCCGCUAGGCCUGACUUGGAUCGAAUGAUUCCCUACUUCCGCAGCAUUAAAGAGUUUACGCUCAUAGCAUACAAUGCCCCACUACAAUGCGAUCAAAUGCUAAAUGAGAUCUUCAAAAACUGCAAUGAUGUCAAAGCAAUGACAUUGUGUGGCUUCAACCCAAACCUGGAACUGUCCUUCCCGGUGUUUGCACAGAUCUUUCGUAAUCGAAAUUUGAAGUCACUGAAAAUGUUCGGAUUGACCAUAACGGGGAAGUCGUUCCCGCUACAGCUACCACCAGAGCUGGAAACUUUCGAGCUGCGCCACGUCAAGGUGAUGGACGUUGCAUUCGGGGCAUACGUGUUUUCUCCGGACGAACCACAUCGGGUCAUUUGUAUCAAGAGUGAAAAUUGUUGCAGCUACUCGUCUAAGGAUUGUGAUUGAUUGCCACGAAGGCUGAAUUGUCGUGUAUUCAACAACAGGCUGUUAUUUCUUAAUCAUAAUAUUUAUAAAUCUCUUUUAUGUAUACAAACAUUUAUCGCUACAAAAUGUGUGAACCAAUACAAAAGCGAAAUGUACCAACAAAGAGUGUGUGUGAGUCAUUUCAAAGCUUUCAUUCAAACAUAGUACUGGUUACGACCGGCAGAUGGAUUCACAUAAUGCAAUAGCUGUUUACACUUUAUCUGUAUCUUGCUUCAUCGCAAUCUCGAUAUUGGGAUCCGUAUGUAGGAAAUGGUUUUUAAAGGAAUAUAAGCCAUCUGAUACAGAUUUAAAUCAGGUUUUUCCCUUACUAAAUGUUAUGUCACUUUACAUAUGAAAAUCAGAUCGUUGAAA